AUGGCUUACCCUCCUCGGAAGGCCCUGACCUUCGGACUCGCGUUCCUAGUCCUCCUACUGGGGAUCUUCCCACAACCCACCAAAGCUGUCCAUCGCUACGACGAAGAACAAUGCUGUCUGGAUGCCGUAGCGUCCGAGCUGUUCACUCUCAAACCCAAAUACAACACGAACACGGGGGACAUCCUUUCCAGUGAAGUCCCCAUCUGCGGCCAGAUAUACAACGACACCCUCAAGCCAGCCCCCGAGAUCCACGUGUCCUACGCCUACUGCAAGAGCAGUUGUGGCGGGUUUGGACUCUCCAAGGGUGACGAGCCAGGCCAAUGGGCCGCUCCCAUAGUUCAGUUCCUGCUUCCGUCCGUCAUCUUCAGCAUGAACGUGCCGAGACGGCAUAUCCUUAUUUCCACUACUCGGUUCAAGGACUGGGUAUGGAAGAUACUUCCCCGGCCCCGGAACAGGAAAGCACGCAAGCCAGUGACGUUUCUGGUCGGGAUCGUACUUUUGUCUCUGGACACCUUGUUCGGAGCGUUCGAUGCGUUGCUCUGGAUUGUGGUGGUGAUGGGAAUGGCUGGGCCGAUGAUGGUGGGAGGACUUCAUGAGGCAGUUCUGGAUUACAAGAUUGUGAGAGCUUUGAAGGAAGGCGCGCAUAGGGAGGAAGGGGAAGAAGGGAAGCCCCCCACUUUGAGGAGCCUGAGGGAUACAGUUGAGGUGCUGGUGAUUGCCAUCUCAGGGAACUUGGUCAUGGGGGAAAAUGGGGGCAAUCCGGAGGCUGAGAUCAAGAAGGCUUUGCUAAAGGGGCUUCCAGCGCCAGACACUGAAGUUCAAGAUGAGCAACGCCCAGAGUCUGCUCAGGAUAGGUCAACAACCGCUCCGCAGAUCCCGCCGUUAGCAUUCCCGUGGGGGCCAGUUGAUCACCAAGAACCCCGCGGGUCCCACGAUACCCUAUCACCACCCGAGAUAACAUUGCAUCCACUCGAUGAAGAAGCAGGCGAACAGCUUCGCGAACGACUUUCGCGUCUAAUAUCCUCCCAACUGGACUUCGCUGCCACCAUUGGUGCCCCCGUGGUAUUCUACCUCGGCGCCUUCAUCUACACCAUCCUCGACAUUAGGAACAGACCAUCGGACCAGGAAGCAGCCAUAUCGCUCGCCUUUGGUGUGGAGUGGAUGAUAAUAGUUCAUGUCGCCAUCAUCGGCGGCUGUCUAUUAGCGAGCAACAACCCGAGUCCAGUAGUCCUACUCGUCGGCAAGGCAGCUCGCAAAGACAAAGGACCUCGACGCCCAAAGGAAGCUCAGUGGAUUUACUUCACCCGAAAGAAUGCAUUUGACGGCCUGUUCCAGCCGGUCAACAUGUGGAAGAGAGGCCUCAACAAGUCCAAGUGGCUGAGGCAGUCGGAGGUGUACCAAAAGAACGAGAGGUUCAGAGACAGAGUCAAGAUUCAAAAGCUGGAGUAUAUCGGUUGGGUAUUCCUUCAGACUUUCAUUCUGAUCUCCCUUCCUCCGGCUGCAGGGGCAUUUGUGGCCUGGAGAACACCGCCAAUUGGAUGGAGUUGUCGGUCUCUGAGCUUCGUGACUUAUUCGGCCUCGCAGUCCUUGUUGACUAUUGUUUACUCUGUCUACUUGAAAAUGUGGGAGCGGGAUCAAGCCAGACAUGAAGAACAUCAGGGCGAAGAUACAGAAUAUGGCCAAGGAAAGUCAAGAAGCACGUAUCAUGUGGUACAUGACAAGGCGGGCAGUGAUGCGAGUGUCAACGGUCAUGACAGGCCCUCGGAAGACUAUCAACAGGAUCACACGACGUCUUCCCGACCUCGAACUCCUAGCAUGGACACCAUGGAUAUGGACUACGACGAAGAGGACCGCGGUCGCGACCAUUACAAGCUCACUACAAUCCGCACAACCACGAAGUUACUACCCCCAACUCCCUCUCCAAAGCCCUUUUCCAGGCACAUCGAAUAUCUCAGUUCCGGCCCUGAUCGCGAACACAACUCCAGCCCAUACGCGAACCACAAUCCCACUUCUUCUCCCUCUUCAACCCAGCAGCCGUCCACACCCCUCUUCCGACCCAGCACUCCCUCACGGGAGCAGGCGAUCCAAACCAAGUCCAAGUCCAAACCCCGCAAAUCCCUCCUCACCCACUCCAUCCACACCCUCUUCACCCUUCUCUUCCUUCUCUCCCUUUUUCUGUCGAUAGGCACAACCCUAAUGCAAAUCAUGGGCGUUUACCGGAACUGUUUCUGCUACAUCACAGUGAAAUACUGGUUCGACACCUCCAACCCCGACGCCGAGGUAAAUGUCGCCAGCGACACGUGGUAUCAGCGCAACUCGAGUUAUAAUUGGAUGGUCAUGGGCGGGGUGGCGACGGCGUUUAUGGCUGCUUGUGCGUAUGCCGGGUGGUGGUUUCAGGGCAUGAUUAGACGGGGACUGGCGGGGGUUGUGGAGGGGGAGGUUUGGCCUGGGUAUGCUACACUUGGGGAUGGGGAUGGGGAUAGGGAAUGA